CUUAAAAGCGAUCCAGCCUCUCUCCUCCUUCGUCUACCCACUUUGAUUACCCUCCCCUCCUUACGCCACUGUCCCUCUUCCUGUUUCCUACGACUUCUUUUAUCUGACUUCUCUACCACACCGUUCAAGGUAUUGGUUAUGAGUCGACGUCGAUACUAUUCUGACGACGAGUCUGACCUCGACGUCCAUAUUUCAAGGCGUCGAGGUCCCUCGCCCUCACCAGCUCGUCGUGCCCCUGUACAAUAUGUGGACGCCCGUGCCACACCACCGCGACCCCGUUAUGUCGACCCCCGCUCUCGCUUUGAAGACUCUUUUCUUAGCCCGGCUGGCGCGGCUGGUGAACGCAUGGUCGUGACCACUCGCCGGUCACGCUCCCGAUCUCGCCAUCGCCGCUCUAGCUCUAGCUCUGCUAGCCCGCCACCGCCUGCGCAAGCGCCGCAACAACCGAUUGUUAUUAACAACCGCAUCUAUAAUUUGUCUGACUCCGAGUCCGACGAUGAUAGCCGCGAUGAGCGGCGCCCAAAUCGUGCCCGUGAAUCCAGUUAUGAGCGUGAGCGCGAGCAACGCGAACGAGAUGCUUGGGCCCUUCAGACUGCGCGCCAGGAAUAUGAGCGCGAGCUUGAGCAAGAGCAGCGUACUCGUCGGCGCGAACGCGAAGCCGCCCAGAAAGAGUACGAGUUUGAGCGUGCGCAAAAGGAACUUGAGGAGUUGAAACUCGUCAAGAAAAUCGAUGAAGAAGAAAAGCGCCGUGAGCGAACUGCCCGUGAAGAGCGCGAGCUGCGCGAAGCCAAGAAGACGCUCGAUGAGAUGCGCGAGAAGUCUGAACGCGAGCAAUUAGAGCGCCGCAUCAAACAGAAGAUAGACCUCGACCGUCUAAAAGAGGAGGAAGCUGCCCUCGCAGAGAAGAAGCGCCGCGAAAAGGAGGCCAAAGAGGCCGUAGAGAGAUACAAGAAGCAAGAAGCCGAGCGAAUCCUGAAAGAAAAGGAGGAGGCUGAGGAGCGCGACCGCGCAUAUAAGCAGCGUAUGCAAGAGCAGCUCCUUAAGUCUGGUCUUGGUGAUGAAGAGAUCAACGCCAUCCUUGCAGGCAAAAAGAUUGAAAAGAAAAAAGAGAAACAAAAGGAAGUGGCACCGCUACCACAGCCAGUGCCACAGAUCCAUUACCACGAGGAGAGAUCGCGGCCUACGUACACGCGCAUGGCCCGACGACAUCUGUCGCUCGAGACCCUUCGUGUCUACGACAUCGAAUAUUUGAUUGACCAGGAUCCCGAGUAUGUCCUCAUCAAGCGGUGGGUUCCCGAACAGGAACAGGACAUUCUCUGGCAACAUACGCGCGUGCUCCGCGAGCAGCGCAGCAGCAAGCUCGUUCUCGCCAUCGAAGACAAGAAGCACCACCAUCACCAUCAUCUCCAGCCCGAGUUUGAAUGGGUCCGCAAGAAGGAGCGCAGAAAGAGCAGGAGCCGCUCCCCCGCCCUGCUGACGUACCUUGCCGGCGGUCGCCCAGCUUAAGCAUCACUUCUCAUUGCUUUUCCAUAUACCCUAUGUUUUAUUCCUCCUUAUUGGCGGAAAGGAGUAAACCCUCAUUGGUCAUUUCUGGUCCAUGGUUUGUUAUGCCAUUUACGUUUUUACGAAACAAUACAGUACUACCACGUAGUUUCUGGUUAGAAAGAGAAAUAAAUAUGGGAGAAUGAGAGCUUAUAGGCGGGCAGGCGAGUAGGACAGGGGUAAAGGCAUAGGAGAUAAGGAGGCACUAUUGAUUGAUUGAUUGAUUGAAAUUUAUCUUUUAUUCAUUGUUGUGGCAUCUCUCUCUUCUCUCUAUUCUUAUUCAUAAUGAGGUUUAUGAAAGAUGAGGAGAAAUA